UUGAAGUGAAAAUUCGUUCCAGGAAUUACUUUGUCAGCAGUGUAGGGGAAGCAGUGAGCGGGGCAGAAAGCAGCAACGACCAAACACGAAACGAGGUUGUUGGGGAAAGCACAAACUCCAAAAGGGUUGGCUCGUGUCUUUCUUUGUUUAUAGUCUUAUGGUGUCCGUGAACCCAAAUCCAUCUCAAGGUUUUUAUUUCUUCGAUCCCAUGAAUACUGGCCUUCCCGGUCUCAAUCACACUCUGCCGCCCCCGACGGCGACUCCGGCCGCUGCCAAUACGUAUUCGGAUGAUCCGAACAAGAAGAUUCGAAAACCGUAUACGAUUACUAAGUCCAGAGAGAAUUGGUCCGAGCAGGAGCACGACAAGUUUCUCGAAGCUCUCCAAUUAUUUGAUCGUGAUUGGAAGAAGAUUGAAGCAUUUGUUGGGUCAAAAACUGUUAUCCAGAUAAGAAGUCAUGCGCAGAAGUAUUUUCUAAAAGUUCAGAAGAAUGGGACUAGCGAACAUGUACCUCCUCCCCGGCCGAAGAGAAAAGCUGCUCAUCCUUAUCCACAAAAGGCCCCUAAAAAUGCUGCAUUGGUAUCUCAAGGUACCGGACCAAUGCAAUCUUCAUCUGUUUUUGCGGAGCCUGCAUACAUUUAUAGGCCAGAUUUGUCAUCCGUGCUUGGAACACCUGUUACCAGUGUGCCUUUGUCAUCCUGGAAUUGUGAUGCUAUGCCGCCCGUCAGCAUGCCACAAGUGGCUAAAGAUGAUAUAGGAUUAGCUGGACAAGCUGUUCCUCGUAAUUGUUGCUAUAGCAGUAGUAAUGAGAGCGCUCCUGGAGUUUGGCCUAAUAAUAAAUGUACAGAUCAAGUGGACCAAGGCAAGCUGAUAAGUGUAAUGCCAGAUUUUGCGCAAAUCUAUAGGUUCAUCGGUAGUGUGUUUGAUCCAAAUGCAACUGAUCAUCUACAGAGACUGAAAAAGAUGGACCCAAUAAAUGUGGAAACAGUAUUGUUGUUGAUGAGAAACCUCUCCAUCAAUUUAACGAGUCCUAAGUUUAAGGAUCAUCAGAAAUUGCUUUCGUCGUAUGAUGUUGACCUGAGGAAGGCGAAGACUGGUAGUCUCUACAAUGAUCCCCUGACCAACAAAUCCGAAAGUGCUGUUCUGUCUGCUUAGAGGAUGCGUCACCAGUGUCAGUGGUUCCUCCUGACCAGAGGUUUUAGAUUUUUUCAAAGUGCAAUGGCAUUUUCUCUUCCUAGCCGGUUUAGCAGUUUAGGGUUUACCCGCAAAAAGGGAACAGCCGGCUUUUGCUGACAAGAGAUAUAGGAUUUAGAUGCUUAUACGUGUAUAUAUAAACAAACGUUGCAUAUAGUUAUAGUGAGUUUUUGUUGGUGGUAGGAAGAGUUUGAGUAGUGUUCUGUGGCGGGCAUUGUGGAUAGGUGAUGAACUUGAUAAUAUGGUUGCCCUCUGAUGUUAUAGCCACUGUUAGAGGCUUAUACCGUAUAGUCUGUUGAGUGAGCUUUUGUGUGCUAUGUUGCUGAGGAUUUUCACGAGUGCUUGCGUGUUGUGUAUGAAAUACGAGCGAGUAAGACACUGAUUUAUACCUAGUUUCCAUGCAAUGAUUACUAUCUCUUUUUCCUUCAA